AUGACUGACAAACAACCUAGUCGUAGAAUGGUCGCUUUUUCAGUCUCUUUCUACAUCACCACUGCACUAGUAAUGGUCUUCGUGAACAAAUGGGUAUUGAAUAGCGUCGAUUUACCCUUUUCUUUACUUUGGUUCCAAGUUACCUUUGCGGUAAUUCUUUUACAUAUCUCGGCAGCUUUUGGUCUCUUUAAAUUACCAAUAAUACAAAAGGAUAUAUGCGUUGGUUUAUGGCCACUUAUUCUCAUCAAUGUUUUGGGAUUAAGUUUUAACACAGUGUGUCUACAAUAUGUAGAUGCUAGUUUUUAUCAGGUCGCUCGUGCAUUGGUGCUUCCCUUUACAGUUUUAUUUUCUUAUAUGUUUCUUCAGCAAAAAUCAUCAUCAAUGAUUCUUUUAUCAUGCUUUACUGUCUGUGUGGGAUUCUUUGUUGGUGUGUCUUCGGAGCGCUUAACAAUCUCUAUGCUUGGAGUCAUGUUUGGAAUAUGUUCUUCUAUUUCUACAGCUUUGCAUGCUAUUAUUAUAAAGAAGAGUUUAGAUGUUGUAAAAGGCGAUACUAUGGAAUUGGUUUAUUAUAACAAUCUUUUGAGUGCUAUCGUGUUUCUUCCCAUAAUCUUGCUAGCAGGAGAACAAAAAGACGUUUUCGCGUUAUUUUUUGACUCUGAUCCUACCGGUUUAUCUGAUGGUAAAACUAAUUCUUCCGCUAGGACUUUUUUCGGAUUCUUCGGCUUUUUGAUAAAUGUCGCUGGAUUUCUCCAGAUCAAGGUCACUUCGCCUGUGACACACAUGAUUUCAUCUGCAUUUCGUGGUGUUGUUCAGACCAUUCUUGGUGCACUUUUAUUUGCAGAAAUUUUGACUAGUGGCCGUGUUGCCGGCAUAUUUAUAAUUCUCUCAGGAAGCUGUUUAUACACAUGGUUCAAGGAUCAGGAAAGCAAGAAAAUGAGGAAAAUCGAAGCCUCUGGAGAAUUAGAAAAAGGAGAAUUGAACCAGGAUAAAAAAAUUAAUCUUGAGGGCGAAAAUAAUGAGAAAGAAAAUGUGUAA